GCUUUAAAAUAAGAUCAACAUGUGAUCUUAUGUUUACGUUUCCUUUCUUCAGAUUAACCAGUGUCGAAAUGGCGAAGUCCAAAAAUCACACAACCCACAACCAGUCUCGUAAAGCCCACAGAAAUGGCAUCAAGAAGCCCAGAUCUCAGCGCUACGAGUCGCUGAAGGGUGUGGACCCUAAGUUCCUGAAGAACAUGCGCUUUGCUAAGAAGCACAACAAGAAGGGCUUGAAGGUGGUGCGGAAGGCGGCGGCGGCGGCAGCAGCAGUUCAAGCGAAAUAGGCUGUACCCCGGUCACCUCGAUGUCUGUCAGCGUUCCAUAGACUGUUUCUACCAUGACAAUAAAGCCAUCAUGCUUUGUCAACAAACAAA